CGCUCCUUUUUCACACACUCUCCUUCACACACGCUCCUUUUUCACACACUCUCUUCCUCUAUCCGUCGCUUCGGAUUCUGAGGUGACUUUGUUGCCCCGCAGUCAGUGAUAGGAGGGACCCAGUUGCACACUGUGAGGUACUCCUGACUGUGUGAGAGGGAGAGUCCACCAGUCAGCUCAGGCUGGUUAAUCCCUUUCUCCCUCCCUCGCUGCCUUUUGUUGCAGCCCCUCACUUUUUCCCUGCAUGGAUAGAGGGAGCUGACACUGUGCUUUCCUGCCGUGGACUGGCUAUGUCCAGAGAGACCCCCUGACGCUACCCGACGAGCUGAUGGAAUCACAGCGUCGGGAUCUACUGUAGACAAAGACCGACUGGACAGCUUUUUUUCCUUGUGGCAGAGCCCGCUGUGUCAGAAGCCCUGGGGUUGGUCCAUGGACCUGCGUGUGACUGAGCGUGUGAUGAGGCCGGGUUCGGACACGGCCCUCCUGACGCCUCUGCACCCCCCCAUGCUCCUCCGGCCGUUCUCCCCCCAGCCCUGCACCCCUUUCUCACAGCAACAGCUGCAGCAGCACAUACGGUUUAACAUGGAACAGCGGAGACGUGAGCAGGAGCAAGAAAAACAACAGGAGCUACAGCAGCUGUGGCACAAGGACAAGAGCCAACAGAGUGCUGUGGCCAGUUCCCUGGUCAAGCAGAAGCUCCAGGAGGUCAUUCUGAAGAAGCAGAAACAACAGGCCGAGAGGACCAGCUCCAACCCUCUCAGUGGUCCGCCUGUGGGCUACAGAGAACUGGCUCCAGACCCCAGUGGACCAGCCCAGCCUCUGGUGUCCCCCCCGCCACAGAUCUCCACUGACGGCUCAGACGAGACCCCCCUACGCAGAGCUGCCUCUGAACCCAACCUGAAAGUAAAACACAAGCUGAAGAAACACCUGAACACCCGUAAGAGUCCUCUGACCCGUAAGGAGAGUGCCCCGGCCACAAUCAAACACCGGUUACCGGACACCCUGGACUCGUCCCCCAGCAGCAGUAGUACCCCAGUGUCAGGCUGCAGCUCGCCUAACGACAGUCUACCCAAUGAGAACGGAGUACUGCCCUCUGCUGGCGGGCUGUCCCAUGAGGUUAUUAUCCGAUUGGCUCAAAGGCUUCUGCUCCAGGAUGGGUCUCUGUCCCACUUCACCAUCCAGAGUUCCUCUGCCCUGCCCACCAUCACGCUGGGUCUGCCUGCUACUGCCAGGAGUGAUGGAGACUUGUCUCCUCUGAAGGUUGGCCGGGUGGUGGGGGGAGGCCAGUCGGUCUACCUUCCCCUGGGGAUGGAGGAGCAGACUGGGUCGCUGUCGCCCCACCUCCAGCCAGUCCUCAUCCUGGAGCCUGGACUGGUACACCCCACAAUGCUCGCUGUUCCAGGUCUUGGCACUGUGCCACUGCAGUUUGCCCCUCAGAUGGAUCGAAUGACCCCAGGAGGGGGCCUUCACAAGCCCCUGAGUCGGGCUCAGUCAGAGCCCCUGCCCCAGAGCCCCAGACCUCUACACCCCCACCUGCUACAACAACAACACCACCACAGCCAUCUCCUGGAGAGGCUUAAACAGCAGACCCACUUGGGCAAGCUGAUGUCAAAGUCCAGUGAGAAGCCUCGACUUAGACAAAUACCCUCGGAGGACAUGGACUCUGAGGAGGCGGCUCCAACGCACAGUGACACCUAUCAGGGCAGAGCACGGGCGGAGUCACUGAGGGAGGCGGAGUCUGUGUCUGUAGUGGAUAGCCAGGGAGAACAAGUCAACCUGCAACACACACUCAUACUCAACCAGUCAUUGCUGUGGGAAAAACAGAAACAGCUGCAACAGCUGCGUCGGCAGACAGCCCACAUGGAGACGUUGGCAGUACCCAUGAUCCUCGGUGGUGCCCACCGCCCCCUCUCCCGUACCCAGUCCUCACCAGCCUCUACAUCUCUGACGUUGCCAGACAAACCCCUGGCCAUUCCAGGCACAGAACCACAGAACAAACCACGCUUCACCACUGGCCUGGUUUACGACUCUCAGAUGCUGAAGCAUCAGUGUACAUGCGGCGACAACAGCAGCCACCCGGAGCACGCUGGGAGGAUCCAGAGUAUCUGGUCUCGACUCCAGGAGAGAGGUCUCAGGGCCCAGUGUGAGGUCAUCCGUGGCAGGAAGGCCACUCUGGAGGAGUUGCAGUCGGUCCAUUCAGAGCGCCACGUCCUGCUGUACGGCACCAAUCCGCUCAACCGCCUCAAGCUGGACAACCGCAAGCUGGCUGGCAUUCUCUCUCAAAGAAUGUUUGUGAUGCUUCCCUGUGGUGGAGUGGGGGUGGACAACGACACCAUCUGGAACGAGUCCCAUACAUCCACGGCGUCACGCAUGGCUGCCGGCAGCGUCACGGAGCUGGCCUUCAGAGUGGCCAAAGGAGAGCUCAAGAAUGGCUUUGCAGUGGUGAGGCCGCCGGGACACCACGCCGACCCCUCCAACCCCAUGGGUUUCUGUUAUUUCAACUCGGUGGCGAUCGCAGCCAAGCAACUCCAACAGAAGCUCAGUGCCAGCAAGAUCCUCAUCGUUGACUGGGAUGUUCACCACGGUAAUGGGACCCAGGAAGUGUUUUACAAUGACCCCAGUGUUCUGUACAUCUCACUGCAUCGCUAUGACGAUGGUAACUUCUUCCCUGGCAGCGGGGGGCCGGCUGAGGUGGGGUCUGGUGCUGGAGAGGGCUUCAAUAUUAACGUGGCCUGGACUGGUGGUCUAGAACCCCCCAUGAGUGAUGCUGAGUACAUAGCUGCUUUUAGGUCAGUGGUGAUGCCCAUCGCUCAGGAGUUCUCCCCGGAUGUGGUCCUGGUGUCCUCAGGGUUCGACGCUGCCGAGGGACACCCUGCACCGCUCGGGGGUUACAAGGUCACAGCCAAAUGUUUUGGGUUCCUGACUCGGCAGCUGAUGGGUCUGGCUGGAGGCCGGGUGAUCAUGGCCCUGGAGGGGGGUCAUGACCUCACAGCUAUCUGUGACGCCUCCGAGGCCUGUGUUAGCGCUCUACUGGGGAUUGAGGAGCCUCUGUCAGAGGAGGUGCUGCUGCAGAAGCCCAAUGCUAACGGUGUUCGCUCACUACAACGAGUCAUACAGAUACAUGGUCAGUACUGGCAGUCCCUGAAGCCAUUCACCUCGUCCGUGGGCCUGUCCUACCUGGGCGCUCAGAGGAGAGACUGUGAGGAGACUGAUGCUGUCAAUGCCCUGGCCUCCCUCUCUGUAGGGGUCCUGACCAGCAAGAGCCUACCUGAUGAGCCUAUGGAGCAUGACGAAGACUGCAUGUAGAGGAUUCUGGCCUUUGACCUCAGAGACCUCUCCUUCUGGACGUCCCAAUAGCCUUGGAGCUUAGGCGCUGUCACACGCUGAAGGGGAGGAGUGUAGAUUGUAGAGCUCUGUCUUAACCAACGAGGCCUUAACGCCUCCUCAGACAAUACUCAACGCGGUGGGGCUAAUGUAGCCUCGCCAAAGCCUUGUCAGUGUGUGAGAUGAAAGGCGUUCUCUCACAUAACUGAUUAUUAAACUGGGUCCAUGGUGUUGUUCUAGACAUUUAUGUUGUGUCUAUUUAGAAGGAUACAUCCGUAACAUCCCAUUUUUGGCCUUUUUCCUUUUUGAUACAAACAAGUUCUUACUGAGGCACUUACAGUAAAGUAAUACUUCCCAGCCGUGGCCUUAUUUCCCCAGUGCCUAAAAAUAUUCCACGACACAGAGAUUAAAGUGACUAGAGAGACAAAAGAGAGAUGUGCCUUUGAAGGAGGGAAUACCUACUGUACCGCAGGUCUCUGGGGGGUCUGCUGUGCCUGCGAGCAGAGCAGACCCAAGUCAGUGGCUCUGAGGACUGCCCCUGGACUGACUGUUGGAUGGCUUGGUCAGUCCUCGAUGAUGUCAAUAAUAUUCAGUUUAACCACUAAAGAAGAGAAAAGAGAAGAAAAUGAAGAUAUGUGUGGCUGUGGUUUGAUCUGUCAUUUUUGUUUUUGCACUGUGCAUUCCGUAAUGUGAACCGUUGAAAAUUCCAAAACUCUGGGAAAAGAAAGCUCUAGAUUAUUUAAUUAUCUGUAAAACUUUGAAGAUAGGAAGAUAUUGUUCUCCUAUGAAAUCCACUCACUUUCUAAGAAGACUUUUGCAUUCUAUAUUUGCAAAAAAAAAAAAAGAAAAUCAUCUUUGGCCAGAUUGUAUUACAAAGACUUUCCACUGCUGUUUUUUUGACACGUGUUUUCAUACAUUGUUCGCAUGGACACACAAACACACGCUCAGAAAUGCAAUGUAGACCUGCACGCUUUUUCCCUUUAUGUCCUACCACUGACAUGAUGAGGACCAAAAGUAUACCUCCAGCCCUGAGGAUAUAUACUGUACAAACUUUAGGGAACUGAAACAAGUAAAGUAGUCAAUCUUAUGAAGAGCUGAAGACCUACCACUGUUCGGACGGAAAUACCAAACCUACGUUCAUUCCGAGCUACCGUUGAGGGCUGUUGAAUUGUUUUAGUUUGAUAGUCAAAGGCUUGAAUGCACUUAAUGGAGAUCACCCAAAGAAAACUGUCUUAAAUAUGUCUGCAGUGUGACUAUUACUGCAGUUGGACCAGUGUGGUCACCGUUACAUUGAUCUAGUUUUUACAGGACCACACCGUUACCUAAUUUUGAUCUGUGGGUAUGCCUGCCUGUUUUAUCGGGAUACUAUUUUAUUGUAAUACGUCUUCAUACAUUUAUAUCAAGUAAACCUGAAUGCGGUCGGUUUGAGGUUAAAACCGAGUGUUCUAUGUAAAAACCUCCUUAUGAUGUUUCUCUGAUUGACCAACAGACUGUUACUUUUAGCGCUGUGGAGAUGUGGCUUUGCUAAUGACGGUGAAUACUUCUGCUACAGAUGUUGUGGAUGAAGACUCACUUGUUCACAACUCGUUUUGUAGGAUACAGUACUUGACAUUAUGCUGAUUAUUGGUUACAGAUCCAGGCUAAACCUUGUCCACAGUGAAACUAGAUUGUGCACAUGCCCUGAGAACUAUUUUGGUGUUCAUCAAAUGACAUCCACUGUAGAUAGUUUUUGUUAUGUAUUGAAAUGUUUACCACAUUCCACUUUCCACUGAUUCAUUUUCUACAUUCAUUCUGGGGGUUGUCUUAAUGAGCAUAUUAUCUAGUUUGCACUCAUUAUUUUUGUUCUUCUUCAGUAGAUAAAAAGAAACAGCCCAUCCUAAUAUAGAGAAGACAGUGCUAUGAAAUGUAUUUUCAGAUUCUUAAUAUCACUUUGUUUGUGACCCCACACCUCUAUGGAGGUUGGUUAAUUGUCUAAAUGUAUCAUAAGCCCUUAAUUGCUGUUUGUUAUUGUAUUUUCCAUGUUGAAGCAGUCAUGUUCUUAGUUUUUUCUCUCACAAAGUCAAAGAUUGAAAAGGCAUUCAUUUCUGACUGACCCCUGCAGUAAGACAACCAAAACGUGCAAAGGCACCUUUGACAGCAACAUACUCUACAGUGACAUGCGCACUGGUGAAACAUGCCAAUGUCGUCUUAAUAACUGCGUCCUCUCCAACAGUUGUCAUUGAGAGAGAGAACAGCCAUGCUAAUAAGUCUUAUAGCCUUUUACGACUCUGUACUAGCCUGUGUGGACAUCUAUGUGUUUAGAAGACUAUGUGCAGGAAAGUAAUAUCUAUGGCAGUUUUCCUUUUGGUUAGUACUAUAUAUUUCGGGGUGGUUGUUUUUUAGACUUUUUUUUACCAUAAGAUCCCCUCAAAGACU